AUGGAGUACUUGAACAGAAUCUUGGGACAACUUCACAGGAAUGGUGACUUUAAUUUCCAUCCUAAAUGUAGAAAACUCAAUUGCACACAUGUUUGCUUUGCUGAUGAUUUACUUAUGUUCUGUCGGGCUGAUACCAUCUCUAUACAGAUCCUUCACCAGGCAUUUCUAAAGUUCUCUAAGGCCUCUGGUAUGAAAGCAAAUCCUAGCAAGAGUGCCAUCUACCUAGCAGGAGUAAAACAAGAGUUCAGGACAGAAAUGAUUGGAAGACUGGGAUUCAGUGAAGGCACACUUCCCUUUAGAUACUUGGGUAUCCCUCUGGACUCAAAGAAGAUAUCUAUACACCAGUUUCUGCCUCUCAUUGAGAGGAUCACAGCGAGAAUCACCUGUUGGUCUGCAAAGCUGCUGUCAUAUGCUGGGAGGUGCCAGCUUAAAAAAUCUGUCUUUUUUGGUAUACAAUCUUAUUGGUCGCAGGUAUUCAUAUUACCAAAAAGAGUCCAAAAAGCUAUUGAUACAAUCUGUCGAACUUUCCUUUGGACAGGAUCUGCCAGUUCUUCCAGAAGGGCCUUAGUGGCUUGGGAUAGAAUAUGUACACCUCUUAAUGCUGGUGGCCUCAACAUAAUGAAUCUGACAAUUUGGAACAAAGCAGCAAUAGCUAAACUCCUCUGGGAUCUGGCUAGGAAAAAGGACUGUCUAUGGGUCAGAUGGGUACAUUGCUACUAUAUAAAAAGAGCUGAUAUUGAAACAGUAAAUGCACCCAAGCAAGCUGCCUGGGUUGUUAGGAAAAUCAUACAAUGCAGAGAUGUUAUCAUGGAAAACCAGCAGCUGAUAGGCUCAUUAAGUGACAGACUCAAGACAGUAUGUUGUCUUGGCAAAUUCCAAAUUCAUAAACUCUACAUUGCCAUGCUGCCUAGGUUUGAUAGAGUAAUCUGGAGGAAUCUACUACUGGUUGCAAAUGUAAUCCCUCGUCACAAGUUUAUUGUUUGGCUGGCUGCACAACAUAGACUUCCUACUGUGGAUAGGUUGGCUAAGUUUGGUAUUCAAAUACCCCCUAUGUGUGUAUUCUGCAAUAAGCAGGAGGAGACCUUUCAGCACCUGUAUUUUGAUUGCUGUAUUACGAAGAGUUUAUGGUCUCGCAUUUGCUGUUGGAUGGGUAGCCCGAGACAGAUUCUUGACUGGGAAAAUGAGUUGAAAUGGAUAUGCAGUAAGGCUCGUAGCCAUGCCUGGAGGAAUGCUAUUACUGCUGCUGCCUUCAUACAUGUUAUUGCUCUAGUAUGGAAGGCGAGAAACAACAUGAGGUUUCAGAAUUUGGCAUAUGAUGAGGAUAAAACUGCCAGAGAAAUUGCAUUGCUUAUCCAUAUUCGUGGAAGACACAGUAGAAGCUGGAAAAUUGGUCUUCAACAACUAAACAGUUUCCCUUAA